GGGCAGUCAAAAGUGCGGUAAAAAGAGCUGCAGCUUCAGGUAUUGAUGAUGAUGGAAAACUGGAGGCUAGAGCGGUACUAAAGGAAGCCAUAGGUGAAUUAUGGUGGGAUUGUAACCAAAUAAGCCCCAUUUUGAUUGAAGGAAGACCGACGUCUUUAAGAGACCCAUCGGUAUAA